AUGAGACCCCCCCAGGGAUGGACAGUGAGACCCCCAAGGGGCAGUGAGACCCCCACACCCAGGGAUGAUGAGACCCCCAGGGAUGAUGGUGAGACCCCCUCACCCAGGGAUGGUGGUGAGACCCCCAGGGAUGAUGAUGAGACCCCCGGGGAUGAUGAUGUGACCCCCAGGGAUGAUGAUGAGACCCCUCACCCAGGGAUGAUGAGACCCCCAGGGAUGAUGGGACCCCCAGGGAUGGUGAUGAGACCCCCGGGGAUGAUGAUGAGACCUCUAGGGAUGGCUGCAAAAUCCAAGAAAAGUUUAAGAGGUUCUAUUGAUGACUUGCUUGGUGACCUCCUGGGAUAUGAUGAUGAACCCCCUGCCAAAGCUUCCCAGCCAGCCAGGAGCAGUGGUGGGAGAGCCCAGGGCACCAGCUCAGAGCCCAGCAAGAAGUCCUUUCCAGAGGAUGAUUUCUUCAGCAAACUCCCUGCAGAAGAUGAGGAAGCUGCAGAGGGGUCUGGGGCCUCUGACACAGACCCUCAAGCUCUGCUGCAGACCCUGAAGGACAUGGAUGACAUGGAAGCUGAUCUCCUGGGAAUAUCAAAACCUGGUUCUGGGCCAGGGGAGAACACUGUGAAAGGUCCUAGGAAACGUGGCUCCUCAGGAGAAGCUGUGAAAACUGCAGGGAAGCUGCUAGCUCCUGAAAAGGGAGACUCUGUACCUGCAGUGGAGAAGAAGCCACUCUCAUCUCCUGGUGCUCCCCGACAGUACAAGAAAUUCAACUUUGAAGCUUUUGGUGAUCCUUUGGCAGUGCUUUCAUCUGAUGAGGAGAAGGAUGUUCCUAAGAAGCCACCUCAAGCAGGUGCCAAAAGCAGCUCUGAGAAGAAAACAGAAGAGAGCAAAGAGAAAGAGCCACCCCUGCCCUCUGCAGCCCCAGUCCGGAGGAGGGAGGAGUUCAUGUUUGAAGAUGAUGGUGAUGACCUGAUGGAGGCAUUGGGACUUGGGGAUGGCACAAAAGGAGAAGAGAAACAAGGAAAGAAGAUGGAAGAAGAGGAGCUCCAGCCAGCCCACUUCAAACCAAGACAAGGCUCCGUGGCCAAAACUCUGGAACCGCCUGGCACGAGGGAGCGCAGGGAGGUCAAACUGGAGAAGUACCAAAAGCAGCCAGAGAAGGAAGAGGGUUGGAAUGAGGAAGAUUUUGUAUUUGGAGUGUACCAGCCCACGGUGGCCUCCACACUUGAGGGCCAGUCGUCAAGGAGGCAGGCAGUGAGCAGGUUUUCAGCUGAGAGCAACAGAGAACCAAAACCAGAGCCCAGCUCCAAACCUCCUCCUCCAGCCAGGCAGAGCUCUCUGCAGGGCAGCAGGGCUGGAGGUGACUGGCUGGGCUUGAAGCAUGAGGAGUUCAUAGAUUUGGAGCCACCAUCUCCAGCAAAGGCCAGUCCUGCUGCACUCUCCCCCAGCCAGCCCUUGGCUGCAGAGGACACGGCAGCUAAACCUGACCUGCUGGAGGAGGAGAACUGGCUGAGUGCUGCCUUGUCUCGAAAGAAAGCACAGGCAAAGGCCCAGGAGAGACAUGCCAAGCCCUUGGAGGCCCCCAGAGAAGGGCUGGAUCCCCACUCUUCUGUCAGCCAGCCAGCUGCCUCCACAGGAGCACCACAGCAGGCAGCUGCCCUGCAGGACAAGGCAGCCAGCACAGACAGCUCUAGGCAAUUGGUUCCCUGGCUCAGCACCACUAAACAAGCCUCAGCUCACCCGUCAGAGCCUGCAAAGGUGGAUCCCUCCAGAGACACCAGCACCCUGGUCCCCACAGCCUUGUUCCCAGGAGAGCAGGAGACACAGGACCCUGCCCCACUUGCUCAGGUGGCUGCUCCCAAAGUACAUCUCCAGGCUGCUCCACAGCUGCAGGCAGAGUCCCCAGCCCUGGGUUUGCAGCAUGAGAGGAGGCUGGGACCUCCUGCAGCCCAACUCUGUGAGGAUGUGUCAGGCUGUCAGGGAGCACUGAUCAGUGCCCAGAGGCGUGUGGCAGAGCUGGAGAGCCAGGUCCAGAUGCUGGAGCAGGAGCGGAUGCAGCACAAGCUGUUGCUGGAGAGUCUCCAACAGCGUCAUCAGGAGGACUUGGAUCUCCUCAAAAGUACACACAGGAGCCAGGUAAAGGUGGUGGAGGAGACCUACAGGCAGCGGGAGGAGAGGCUGCAGCAGGAGAAGGAGCAGCUGGUGGCUCAGCUGCAGACACAGAGGCAGGAUAAGGAGCAGGCCAUGGCAGAGCUGGUGGCACAGCACCAGCAGCACGUGGCCAAGCUGGAGCAGCAGAAGGUGCUGGAGGUGGAGCGACUGCAGGAGCUGCAGAGGGUGUCUGUCCAGGAGAUGCGCAAAGACUAUGAAGAGCAGCUCCAGAGGCUCAAGUGGCUGAAAGACCAGGAGGUGGAUGCAGUGACCAGUGCCACUUCACACACCAGGUCUCUGAACACUGUCAUUGAGCAGAUAGAGAAGUUCUCCAGAGACCUACAUGAACUUUUGCAGAAGGUGGAGACCCUGCAUCACACCACCUCCCAGGAGCUGGACAAGGAGGCCCGGCAGAGGGACAGGCAGCACAAGGCACUCCAGGACAGGCUGUCACAGCAGCAGAGGGACAUGGAGGAGGAGAGGAGCCGAUUCCAGGAGGUGAUUGCCAAAAUGGAGGCCAGGCUGGGCGAGCAGACUCGGCUGCUGGAGCAGGAGCGAUGGAAGGCAGCAGCAGAGCAGUCCAAGCUGGAAUCACUGCAGCACUCUCUGGAGGAGCAGCGGCGAGUGACAGCCCAGCAGCUGGCCUUGGAGAGAGCAGAGCUGGAGAGGGCAAAGAGCACGUUGCUGGAGGAGCAGACGUCGGUGAUGCAGAAGUGCUCGGAGGAGCGACGGAAGCUGGCGGCCGAGUGGGCUGAGUUCCACACCCAGCAGCAGCUGAGCAAGGAGCGGAUGGAGCGCGAUGUGGAGCGAGCCCGGCAGGUGGAGUCCCAGAGAGAGGGCACCAUCGUCAGCCUGGCCAAGGAGCAGGCAGAGCUGAAGAUUCGGGGCCAGGAGCUGAAAGUCAAGGAGGAGCAGCUGGCCAGGGACAGGGAACUGCAGGAGGAGGCCUGGCAGGAGCUGAGGCGGGAGAAGGAGAAGGUGAACAGGGCUGAGCUGUGUGUCCGGCGCCAGGAGGAGGAGCUGAAAAGCAUGGCCAGGCUCUCGUCCCAGAAGCGCGAGGAAGGCGAGCGAGCCCUGCAGGAGGCGACCAGGAUCGAGUCCCAGCACCACAGCAGGUUGCAGCUCAUGCAGCAGCACUUGGAGCAGCUGAGGCAGCAGGAACAGCGUCUGCACCAGCACAGCCACGGGGAUGGCAGGGAAAGCCUGGCCACGGCCAACCCUGAGGUGCUUUAUGCCCAACUGUUGCUGCUCAAGUACAGGGACCAGCAGGACCGAGAUUUCUUGGAGGAGGAGGAGUUCUUCCUGGAGAGCCUGAAGUAA